CCAUCAGUCUGUUUUGGUGUAUAUGGUUGGUCUUGAAAUCUCAGUUGCGAGACCUGGGUUGUUGACUGGAUCUACAUACUUUAGCCGAGUAGGUCAGUCGACGUAGAAAGCCGAGCGUCUGUUGUGGACUGGCGGUCCAGAGAAUGGGGGACGCAAUGGCUGAAGGCUCGGCCACUGAUGGGAGGGGAGUGAGGAACGGGCUACGGACCAGAAUCAGGAAAGUGGAGGGUACAGGUGCCAAAGAAAACUACUUAUGCUUAAACGGUGCAAUAAUUGCUCUUAUGAAUUUUCCGCCCUGUAAAAAUUAGGUUUCACUGAAUUCUUCUUCAUUCUACUUCUUCGCUGGCAGCCGUGGACAGACAACGUUCACAGCAAAAUGAGCAGUCAGGAGGCGACCUGGGAAAGACUAGAUUCCGAAUUUGACCAUUACUUGGUUGACAUGAAACCAUAUGUUUUAAAACUUGCCCAUAAGUCAGAACGCCAAAGAUGUGCACUGUGGGUAAAGAAGCUAUGUGACCCUUCAGGAGCCGGCACUGGUGUCAUGGGACGCAAAAACCGAAAUAUGUAUGCCAAGCUUUUACUGCACAUGCUCAGACGGGGAGUCCUGGAAGGACCUUUCACACACAGACCAGAACAAGGAUCACUUAAAACAUUACCUACUUAUAUGUCAAUCUACUUUGAUGAACCAAGUAUGGCAAGAGAGCUUGAUUACAGCGCUGAGAGCUUGCCAGACUGGGUGACUGGGGAGUUGGGUUCUGGGGAUUCGAGAAGUAAGGAUUCAUGGAGAACUUCCUCAAAAGUGGAUCAUGCGUCUCUUAGCUUCUUGCAAGCGACUAAUAGGCAAAGAUGCACGUACAAUGGCAGGGCAACAUCGCGUUCACGCUCAGCCAGCCCAGCGCGAGGAAAAUCAGACGAACAAAACGCGUUUUCUCAAAAAAGAGCGGUUACAUCAUCUGACGAGAGUGACUUUGAAGCCAGGUUAAACAGCUGGAAUCUUGGGAUAGAAAAUCCUAGAUAUUUGAGGGAGAAACCGAUCUCUUUGUCUCCGAUUACAACAAGAACAAGCCUGGGAAAAAUUAGCGCACUUCGCGAGGAGCAGAGUCUGGCUCGAAUGCAUGAGAAAGAGAUUGAGAUGAAGUCAAAGAUGGUGGAAGCAAAAUUUCAUGAAGAGAAGCUCAAACUGCAGCAAAAGCAUGACACGGAUGUGCAAAAGAUUCUGGAACGGAAGAACAAUGAGAUCGAGGAACUGAAGGCAUUGUGUAGGAGCAAGCAGAAGGAAGCAGAGGAGAUGAACAAGAACCUAGAAAGGAGAGUUCAGAGCCUGGUCCGUGAAUCACAGAGGAUCCGAGAGAGCAAAGAGCAGCAGAUCGCAGAGCUGAAGAAGAUGGCUGAGCAGAGUGCCGACUGCUUAAAGAACGAUUGGGAGAAAAAGUUGCACAACAUUGUAGCAGAUUUGGAGCAGGAGAAGUUUGAGCUGCAGAAGAAACACACGGGAAAUAUUCAAGAACUGCUGGAAGACACAAACUCACGCCUCGGCAAGAUGGAGGCAGAGUACAGCGCUCAGACUAAAGCGACUAACCAGAUGGUGAAGGAGUUGGAGACCCGUGUGCAGCAGCUGACUGUGGAGGCUGAGAGCAACAUGCUGGUGCGGCAGAAACUGAUGCAGGACAAGGGGGAGUUGGAGCAGCGCUGCCACAGGCUGUCCUCGGAGUUACAGGACGUCAAGUCAAGAUACGGUGCUCUUCAGAAAGACAAGCAGCAUGUGCUGCAGGAACACGAGCAGACCAGGAGACAAUUGCAGAGCAAACGUGAUUCGGAGGUGAACUACUUGAAGCAAGAACAGGCUCGGUCAGCAGCUAAGGCGGCUGAAGUUAUAGAAGAUCUGGAACAGAAUGUAAUCCAAUUUAAGAAAGAGAUCCAGGAAAGUGAAUAUCAGAAACAUCAGGAGCUGAGGAAUCAAGCAGGAAAAUCAGAGCAGGAAAAGCUGCAACUGGAGCAACUGCAUGGAAAGCAGAUCCAAGCCUUGCGGAACGAGAGUGACAAGGAGCAAGCGGAGGCCUCAAAACAAAUUCGCAAGCUGGAAGAUGCUCUUCGUGAGAAAGAGGAUGAGCUGGCGAGAGUGAGCGAGAUGCAGAAGCUCCAAGCCCUGCAGGCAGACACAGCUCUGGAGGAGUUUAAGAGGCAGGUGGAGCUGAACUCCGACAAGGUCUACUCUGAAAUGAAACAGCAGAUGGAGAAGGUUGAAGUAGAUCUGAGCAGAUCAAAAUGUGUUCGUGAGAAGCAAUCAAAGGAAUUCUCCAGGCAGUUGGAGGAACACAAGCAACGAUCCGAACAACAAAUAGUGGAACUGAAGCUGGAGCGUGAGCAGGAGAAGACGUACCUAUUCCAGCAGCACAGCGCGGAAAAGGACAGCCUGGUCCGAGAGCACGAACGGGAGAUCGACAACCUCGAGAAGCAGCUUCGUGCCGCCAUAGUGGAACACGAAAACCAGACCAGGCAACUGAGGAAGCAAGACACUCAGACCAUCUCGGAGUUGGAGGCUCAGGUGCACCAGUUGCGAGAGGAGCUGAUCCAGGUGAACUCCCAGCGUAAGCAGCAGCUGGUGGAGCUGGGCCUGCUACGAGAGGAGGAGAAGCAGAAGGCGCUACGCGAGCAUGAGGCAGGCGUCAGCAAGCUAAGAGCAGAGAUGGAAAGGAUGAAGUUGGAGAUGCAGAGGGCGAGCACCACUGAACUGGAGCAGGCGGCAGAGAAGACCAGCAGCAGGUUGAAGCAGAUUGAUAAAGAGUACAGCCAGAGGCUUUUAAAAUCUUCACAGACUAUAGCUGAGCUUCAGGCUGCCAUUUCAACCUUGAGGGAAGAGAACAGUCGUCAGCAGCUGGCUGCGGAGAGACAGCACCAAGAAGCUGUGGGAAGAUUUGAAGAUGAGAAGAGGCUGCUGAUUAGAGAUAAUGAUAGAGUUAUUAAGAACCUGGAGAAUGAGAUUGAAAACGGUGGCAACCAGCGACAUGCACUGGAGAAAAAGCUGCAACACAGGGAGCUGGAGGUGCAGGAGCAGAUCGUUCACAUCCAGCAGGAAUACCAGCUGAAAAUGAAGGGUCUGAUGCCAGCUAUAGUACGGCAGGAGUUGGAAGACACCAUCGCUUCUUUAAAGUCUCAGGUGAAUUUUCUUCAAAAGCGAGCGUCGAUUCUGCAGGAGGAAGUGACCAGCUAUCGGAACAGGAGGUAACCAGCGGAUGGUUUUCCUGACCCCAAAAUGUCAGUAAAUGUGGCACUGCGAUGGACCUGCGUAGCUGCUGUGCGUGUAAGGCACGUGUGUUACAGCGAGGCUGUGAGAUCCCAGCGAAUAGCAGUGAUCUUCCUGUUGUGAAAGGUUAUAAAGCCACUCUUCCAUCCCUGCACAUGUCUAACCCACACAGGAUUUGGAUUUUAAUCAGGAUUUUAACUUUUUUUGGAAAAAAAAUCUUUUUAAUUUCUUUUCUUCAGAAACAUUUGCACUGUUUUUUAAUAUAUAUCAACCAUAUUAAUAAGCUGAGCAUCUGUACUUAUCAUUGUCAAUAUUUUCCUAAUAUUUAAAGAUGGCUUUUUUUUCUGUUGGUGACCUCACAAAAACAAUCAGGGCUCAGGCUAUAAAUCGUGUGGUGCGCAUUUUAUUUUUUACAUUGUUAUGAUUUUGAUAUACUAACAUCUCAUUAAAAUAUUUUAUUCAUGUUUCUUUUA